CUUACAUGAACGUACAAAAUGGAGAUGUUCACAAACAGGAAAGUGAUUUUGAUUUUGAUUUUGACAGUAAUAAAUACACUUGAUCAGACAUCCUCUUCCACCCUGGAGUAUGAACCUAGGGCUGCUGGACGAGAUGAUCAUGUGGAUACGUUUCUCCGGCAUCAUCUUCAUAAUGACAGUAGCUCCCCAAAGGUUGUGGCCAAGAUAGAUACAGCAAUCCUGACAAUAUCAUCAAAGUUGUUACAAAAUAUUUCUGUGAUGACCAGGAGUGAAGAGUGUUACUCAUGUGAAUACAUGGAAGUUGCCAACUUCGAAGGCAACCACUCCAUUCUAGUCAACACAACCUUCUUGACUCAUAUGAAGAUAAAGAUAAAGAAUGCAUCAUAUGGUUGGCAGAGUAUCUGUUAUAACAAGUUCCAUUUCAUGGAAACUGGAAAGUAUGUGUUUUUUGUGUCUAAAAAUACAUCGGAGGACUCACAGACGUUCAUGUGUGUAGGCGUCACCAUCGGCCAGCCUCUGGAUAACAAUAUACCUAUCUUCAUUGCGAUUGCGAUCCUGAUCUUGCUUGCCAUCUGUUGGAUACUCCUCAAGGUCAUCAUCAGACGCCACUAUGUCUACAAUAUCUUUUUCUGCAUGGAGACAGAAAGGCUUGUCAACAAUGACUUAGGGAGCCCAGGUGGUCCUAGUAGCUUGACCUCUAGUGAUCACUCUAUUGCACCUCCAGAUAAUAAAGCCAUCAUUCCAAACCCAAGGGCUCAACCCAGACAGAGGUUGAAGUCACUUGAUACUUUCAGAGGGGUAAGCAUUGUUGUUAUGAUCUUUGUAAACUAUGGUGGUGGAGGAUACUGGUUCUUCAGACAUUCUUCCUGGAAUGGAGUCACAGUUGCUGACCUUGUAUUCCCUUGGUUUAUCUUCAUAAUGGGAACAUCCAUGUCGUUUGCCAUGAAGAGACCACUCAUGUACAAGACACCAAAAACCAAAAUAUUCCUCGGGAUUCUUCGCAGAAGCUUGAUUCUAUUCUUCCUAGGGAUUGUGUUAAAUACAGGACCAAAAGGCACUCAUCUUGAGAAUCUACGAGUACUUGGAGUGCUGCAAAGAUUCGGGAUCACGUAUUUUGUUGUUGCCACAGUUCACAUGUUCUUUGCCAGAAUUGAUGAUGGUGUUACGAAUCGUUGGUGGUCCCCCAUUCGAGAUAUUGGCCGAUAUUUACCAGAAUGGUUGUUGCACCUCGGCCUAUUGGCGGCAUAUCUGGCCCUGACGUUCUGUCUCGAGGUACCGGGCUGUCCAAGAGGCUAUCUUGGUCCUGGUGGUAUAGCAGAGAAUGGCACUAACUUCAAUUGUACCGGAGGAGCAGCCGGCUACAUUGACAGGACAAUCUUCUCUAAUGCUCAUAUGUAUGGUCAUCCAACAUGUGCACGUGUCUACUACAACACUGUUCCAAUUGACCCAGAAGGGUUGCUUGGAUACCUGACUUCCAUAUUCUUAUGUUUCUUAGGACUACAAGCUGGCAAGAUCCUUGUCACUUAUCCAUGCUACAAGUCAAGACUACUCCGCUUCCUAAUCUGGGGGCUGCUACUCGGUGCUAUUGGAACCACCCUCUGUAAAGGGACCAAGAAUGAAGGAUGGAUUCCACUCAACAAAAAUUUAUGGUCUGUUUCGUUUAUCCUGUGUAUGGCUGGUCUGGCGUUUAUUUCCCUUGCAUUCUGUUACUACACGAUUGAUGUACAGCGAUGGUGGAGUGGAGCGCCGUUCUUCUAUCCGGGUAUGAACUCUAUCCUGCUGUACCUAUGCCACGAGAUUUUCAGAGACUACUUCCCUGUCUCGUUUUGGGUCCCAGACACGCACCCAGCACGGCUAGCAAUGAAUUUGUGGUCAACAGUUUUCUGGGUGAUCGUUUCUGUGUAUCUCCAUUCUCAGAAGAUCUUCUUGUCUCUAUAGGGGUGCGCCAUCAGGACGCCGAGUGAGAAGAAAGUCAUGAAAGUUGAUUUGAACUUAUUAGUGAACAAUCCUGAAUGAACUGAAGAAGUUGUUGAGUCCGACAGAUUUUAUCUGACACAGAUUAGAAUAGUGUAUAGAACUGAAAUUAUAACCACUGGUUAGUUUUACCUAUUAUUUUCCUCUAAACCAACAUAUUCUUCAGUUCAUUGCAUGAUUUCAGUGCUACUUCUAUUAACAAUGGAAAAUACUGUGUUGGUAUUGAAUCCAAGUGUAUACCAGCAGAGAUCUCAUGGUUUAGAGGAUCAGAUUUUUCUAGGAAAAUAGGAGAUAAUGCAAACCCUUUACACUAUCCUAGUAACACAAAAUUGGGCAAAGUGGCAUUGAAAAGAGUGUGCUAAAAGGUAUUUUCAUUGAGAGGUAAGAUGAGUAUCACCAAGUGGUAGUAUCUUUCGACAGCACGGUUUCAUCAACUAUUGUAAUAAAUUGGUAGUAGUAAUACACAGUUGAAGUUGCUCCUCGAUGUCAUAUUUUCCCUUUUCUUAUAUUGCAUGUAAGUAAAUGUAUGUAAAACAAACCAUAACGUCAUCCAGAGUAUUUCAUUACUCAAAUCAUACUAAAUCGGUACCGGUAUUCAGAACUGUGAUCUCAUAGCUGUACAGCAUCCAGGUAGUGAACUUGUGGGAGCCCAUCUACCACCCCAGCCCAGAUGCUGUCAUCACAUUUAGGGGUCUAUAGUUUGUGAUGUAUCUCUUGUACCCUUAUUGUAACUUAUAAGUAUAAUCAUUAUGCAUGCUACAUUUCAAAAUGUAAGUAUUUACAUAAAAGAAUUGAGAUUUUCGUCUCGUCAUUGGAUUUAUUCACUUUGUCUACAGAAUGUCCCAGUAUACUAUUACAGGAUUUACUAAUUUAUCCAAACUGCUUGGCACCAAACUUACAUGCUGUGUUGAUGGAAGUAGUGUUUUCUUCUGGCUCUGUGUGCUGAUGUUGUCAUUUUCAAUUCAAGCUGUGCUUGGUUCUAAACUUUUAGUCAUGAUCCUUCCAUUUCACCAAUUUGAAUACUGAUGGACAGCAGCCGUAAUUCAGCCGAGAUCUGAUGAUGAUAGGUAGGACACAAUGAUGUGCCAUAUUUAGUGUGAUAGCAGUUGUGCGAAAAUUUUCUUUAUCUGUGACUUUCUUUGACAUUUUGAUUGAUGGUACUGUAUGCAUGUGUAUCAACAAAAAUCUUAUAGUUUAGCUUUUCUGAACAAUAAGUUCUUGAAUUGUUUAACACCUUCAACGCCGGUGUUUCACCACCCAGACCCCAGAAAAAAAAAGUAUAAGAAGAGAUGGCUGCAUAAGGUCUUUUGCAGUAACUUCUCCAAGACAAGGUCUUCUUGAAUCAAUAGAGUUAUGUUAGCUACACUGUUAGUUAUUUUUUGGUUGAAAAAUGACCAAAAAUGACAAAAUGACCCCCUUUUCCAACACCCCCGACCCCUCUAAAAAAUUCCUGGUGUCGGAACAGCUUUAUUUUGUUAUUCAGUGGUUUAGUCUUUUCAGUUCUUACUUUCCCCGGAAGAUGGCGAUGGCGUAGUUCUCUCAUGAAGUCCAUGAGACUCCGAUAACCAGCUCAAAGAGGGGGGAUAUUGGCCACGUAGCUCUACGUGGUUCGGCGCUUCAGGUGUUAAGGAGGUGUGACCAGUGUAUUCAAUUGUCAGUGUAUUCAAUCAUGUCAUAUUACAUAACUUAAAACUGUUGGCAUUGCCAAAAAUGUAUGUUGUAAGUGUCAUUAACCAAGUUUAAUAAA